AUGGAUUAUGUCAAUAAAUUUUCACUGCUCUCAAGCAUUCAAUGCUCGUAACCAGUAUUCUCAAUUACAUUGAACAGAACUAAGUAUCAGCAUUUUCUCUUUAAUAAAGACUACUUAACUCAAGACGAGGUAUAUCUGCUUUUAAAUUCUGAAUAAGAUCUCGCCAAGAUCAUUGAAUCAGACAUAAGUAAUUUACUAGAUAAAGACUAGCAAUAACUCUAAACAAAGUAAGAUCUUAAGGAUAAUUGGAUGCUGAAUUCAGUUUUUAAUGAUACCAAUCAAUUCUUGCAAAUAGCAAUACACUAUCUAGAUUAGCCUAUAAUAUAAAGAUAAUAGUAACUCUACUAUUUCAUUUAGUAUUUAAUUGACAAUCAAGACAAUUUGAUGAAGUAUUUUUAGAAACCUCUCUCUAUCAAGACAACUCUGAGAAUAAUACAAGGUCACUUGAAUACUCUCAAAUGGGAGUAAUAUAUUUUGGAUUCGCUAGGCUUAGAGGAUAUUAGAGAUAAAAAGUAGAUUAAAUAGCAACAAUCAAGAGAUUAAUAAGAUAUAAUGGCCUUAUUUGAUUAGAAAUAAUUUGGAUAUCCAAUACUUAUGAGAUUUAAGAUAUCUAAUGAGCUUAAAGAAUUUGAUAAGAUUAUUUGGUCAUUGUAUAGAAUGGCUGAAGUUAAUAGCAAAAAGUUAACAUUACAUAAAUAGCUUGAGGGGAUUUUAUUAAAUAUUCUAAUGAUUAUUAAACGAAAAUCUUAGGAGACAAACGAUGAAAUGCUUUUGUUAGACUUGAUUCAGAAAAUAGUAGAACAAGAAAGUAAAUCAAAUAUAAAACUUUCUAAUAAGGCUUUGAGAUUCGACAUAAAUUGA